AUGCCUGAGUACGCCUACGUAACAGGUGGCGCUUCUGGACUCGGAGCUGCGACAGCUCGUAUGCUCGCGAAAAAGGGCAUCAAAGUCUUCAUUGCGGAUCGCGACGAGGAAAAUGGACGAAAGGUCGCCGAUGAGAUCGGUGGACAAUUCGCAAAGGUCGAUCUAGCUGACUGGAACUCUCAAGUCAAGGCCUUCACACAAGCCGUCUCUGCCUUCAACCGCAUCGAUCAUGUCUUUGGUAUUGGUGGCAUCGGAGAGAGAAGAUGGUUGCCGAAUAACUCUACGAGCACGAGUGGGCACGAGUUCGAGAAACCAGAUCUGAGUGUCCUUGAUAUCGAUCUUACAGGUGUCAUGUAUACGACUGCUCUUGCUGUUCAGCAGGCUAGACGGCAGGAUGUUGGACCUAAUGGUUUCAGAUGCAAGAUCUACACAGCAGCCAAACACGGCGUAGUAGGCUUUGUCAGAUCUUACGGCAAAUACCUGCCCACCGAGAAGAUUACAUUGAACGCAGUUACCCCGAACGUAAUCCGAACAAACAUCUCAGCACCUGCCUUUUAUGACAAACUCGAGAAGGAGGGCUUACUGACACCUAUCGAGGGAGUAGUAGACGCCUUCGAAAGCCUUCUCGGCGACAACCCGACAAGUGGAGAGUGCCUUGAGAGUGGACCGAAUUAUGCAAAGGGGCAAGGAAUGGUCAAGCCAAAAUUUGCAGAAUUCGUCGAUAAGGAAUCGAAGGUGGUUUUUGACAUGUUGUAUGACAGGGCAUUACCUCUUCAGCUUCCUGGAUAG